CCGCCGCCGCAGCCGCCGGAUCUCCUUCUGCCCGCGCGCCGCCGAGACCACAUCAUCAGGGUAAUAUUUUACUGUCCUGAGCACACAAAAGAUGGUUAAUGCAAUCAAGGGGUUGUUCAUCUCCUGCGAUGUACCGAUGGCACAGUUCAUUGUCAAUCUGAAUGCUUCAAUGCCCGCAUCGGAGAGGUUCAUCGUGCACAUUCUUGACCCGACGCACAUGUUUAUCCAGCCUCAUAUGGGAGAGUAUAUCAGAAGCAAGAUAGCAGAGUUCAGAGACCAGAACAGCUACGAGAAACCAACUUGAAGGGCCAUCUUUUACACUGCUUUGAUCUUCAAACUCCAUCCAGUGAUGCCUACACCUGUAGUUGACAUAGUGGAGUGGUUACAUGCUGAAAAUCAUGUUUCUCUCGUGACGUUCUGGAACGAUAGUUCUGUAGUUACCGCAGAGUAUUGAGUAUUAUUUGUCUUCUGAGUGCCUUUAUGAGAUAAUAUAUUUUGUGGUGCUGAUUUUGAUAAUGUGCGGAGAAUACAGUGCCACUUUUUUAUGUAAUCCUGUUCUCAAGAUGUUCUGAGAACUUAUUAUGAGGGCUCUAAAUAGAGUAAACAAAGUAGAAGCUUUGUUGAAA